GAUGUUUCUCUUUCAUCGAUGUUUCUAACUCUGUCCUCCCUUCCUCUCUGUAAAAAAUCAAUAAGAUAUAUAUUUUUUAAAAAUAAUCACUUGCUUUUAUUGUGAGUUUACUGUUUUUAUGGAGCAGAGGGCACAUUCUAAAAUAAUAGCAACUUUUAUUCAGAGUUUCCCUUCUUGGGUUACUGUACUAAAUGCUUUAUAGGAGUCGCCUGAAGUUGGCCUCUCCAAUGUCCGGCCAGCACAGUGCCUGGCAGUCCGGAGUCUUUUUCAGUCUUGGUUGUGGAAUUAAUGAAUGAGGCAUACCUGUUUUACAGGUAAAGAAUUUGAGGCACAGGGAUUGUGUAACUUGUCCAAAAUCAGCAUUGAGUUGGUGAUGAAAUUAUAUUCUAACCUGCAGGCCAGCCCCAGAACCUGAGCUCUUAAGCACAAAUUCUAGUGAAAGACAACCCAAAACAUUCAUUACCCUCCACUGCAGACCUGCAUAAGACAGGCUGCUUUGGUUAAAUCUCACACAGUAGGCAGUGUCUGGCCAGGCAUUUGAAGUAAAACAAACAAAAAAUUUUGUUUUGUAAUUUGGUAGACUGUUAAAUUGAUUUUUCACUCAGGAUAAUGGCUACUUUUCAGUGUACCAUUUAUAGCUCUGUUGUGAGGGCAUCAAUAUUGAUUGUCUAGGAUGUGUACUUGGGAUAAGAUACCCCGUGGGUGCUUGGUCAACAUUAUGCAAUGAAGAUGAUUUGAAUCCUUGAAGAGCCAGUCUUUUAGAUCACUCACAAUUACUAACUAGAAGAAUGUAAUGUGUCACAGGUAAAUGGUAUCUGUGGCACUUUAUCCCCAAGGGGUUGUGCUAGUAUAAUAUGUUAGUCAUGGUAAUACCUCUUGGACAAUCCCAGGAAGAAUCAGGAAAUCGGAUAUGUUGCAUUAAUGUUGGCAUGUCAACAGUCUGUCCAAAAUCAAACCCGUACCACCACAAACCUGCUUCUGCUUGGUGACUGGUAUUAACAGCCUCCCAGUCACCGGACUUGGAAGGGCAGAAUCAUCUUCAAUUCUUCCUUCUUUCUCCCAUGAAUAAUUGUCCUUUCUAUCACCAAGAAUUCUUUUUUUUUUAAAUAUAUUUUAUUGAUUUUUUACAGAGAGGAAGGGAGAGAGAUAGAGAGUUAGAAACAUCGAUGAGAGAGAAACAUUGAUCAGCUGCCUCCUGCACAUCUCCCACUGGGGAUAUGCCCGCAACCCAGGUACAUGCCCUUGACCGGAAUCGAACCUGGGACCUUUCAGUCCGCAGGCCGACGCUCUAUCCACUGAGCCAAACCGGUUUUGGCACCAAGAAUUCUUUAAUCCCCAAAACGUGACCUAAUCCCAACACCUAGGCUAUGAUUAGCAUUUAUAUAAACUGGAAUUAAUGCACACUCUUGCCUUUGCAAUCUAUUCUUUACACUCCAGCCAGUCACACUCAAAAAAAUAAAACCUGACAGAGUGUAAACCCAAUUUAAAGAAAAAUCUGAAACUCAAAAACAAAGUUUGAGUUUAACACAAUAUUUUUAAAAAAUCAAUAUGCAAAUAAAAAAAAUCAAUAUGCAUUAUUGUGUAGCACAUCUCAAACUUUAAUAUAUUUACUUAAACUUGAAUAACAUAUUUACUUUAAAUGUCAUUGAAAGCCUAGUUACUAAAAUGUUAGUGUCCUCAAAGACUUUAAGGUAUUUCUACACCCCAGCUGUCAAAUAUAACUGAAAUGUAAUAAUUUAAUAAUAAAGUAGUUCUUUAGUGCUAAAAAAAAACACACACAACUAAAUGCAGUGUGCAUGCACUUGCAUAAGGUAGGACCUAAAAUUAGGGAUCACCAACAGAAAGAAUGUUAUUUAUUCCCUGAUUACCAGUAAAAUGAAUAGGCCAAUGGCCAGGAGGUAGCCCAUGGCUGAUCCCAUCCUGAAAGGACUACAUUGCGUGGGAAACCAGAGAAGUUGGUGAGCAUUUGCUCUAGUGUCCAAGAGCACAUCCUUUACGUUUUCUUGCCAUCCAAAUCCAGUAAAAAAAGGGGGGGGGGGGGGCGGGGGACGAGAAUAAGAGAGGAAGUGAGGAGGAGAGAGAUGGGCAGAUGGACUGGGAUCCCAGGGAAAGAAUUGCCCGCCUGGCCACACCCCGGUUUCCCAGGUAACGCGGUAAACAGAACUUGAGCUCCUUUUCCUUUGUGAACUCCAUAGGUGUAAAGUGGUAGGUAGAAAGUAGCGGGGAGCGAAGAUGUGCUCUUUCGUGAGAGUAGGGUCCUCCAAAGGGUUAGAGCCCCCAAAGAAAUUGGAAACUUCCCUUGGGACCGGUACAGGUUUCCCCUUAGAGAUGAGUGCUGUUGGAGGCACGAGGGUGUCUGAGAGGAAGUCUCCCCCGAGCAUGGGAGUCGGAUUAACCCACAAAGGAAAGGAUGAUGUAGGAGAGAGGAGGGUGUUCAGGGGAACAAUAUCUCCCACGCAGUGUGGGCUCAGGGGAGGAUUAAGAAAAGAUUCCCAGUGGAGGGAGAGCCCCUUGGUUAGUGAUAAAUAUGAGGAGAGAACGGCAUCCUCAGAAACAAAAUCGCCAUUGAAUAAGGGGCUUGAACUUAGAUUAAAAAGACAGGAUAUUUCUAGGACCCCCUUGGAGAGGAGUAAUUUAGGAAUCAACAGGGUCUCAGCCUCACAGGAAACAAGACCUUCCCUGGAUAUGUUGCCGGAAAAUGAGUGUCUUCUGGCAAAGUGUUCUGGAAGGAGAAUACAGCAUCCCUCGGGGAUGGUGUGUGAAAGUCCGCAGGCUCUGGGGAGCAGGAGAGGUCCUGCGGCUGGUGCCCCUGUCGAGUUUGGGCCAUCAGUGGAGAAGCAGCAGGCCCUGGGUGUGGAACCUAGCCAGGAACUGGAAAAAGAGCCCACCUGUGUGGUGAUGAAGCCCAGUGGAGAGAUGACGUCUCCCGUGGAGGUGGACAUUGGGCUGCCCCAACCAGAGGAGCCAGAUGCCAUGAAGAAUACAGAGCCCCUAAUGGGCUUGGUGAUUGAACCUUCUGAGUGCCAGUUCGCCCAACAACCUGAAGAGAAAAGAGAGGCUGAAAACUUUGAACCAGGAGUAGAACCUCCAGAUCGCAUCAGACCCAUCUACUCUGGGAAAUUUUUUGAUCGAAUGCCGUGCUAUCCAAGUGCAGGGAAAGUUAUUCCGAUUGGAUACAGAGUUGCAACCUGCUUGACUGAAAAACUUCCAAGGCCAAUUACUCCACCUGAGACAAAAAAAUUUUUCAACUUCAGAUAUCCACCUGCUGGAGCCGAAAGAGUAUUUUAUGGCAGAGCAAAUGAUCCUCAAAUUGCACCGUAUUUGACACAUGGAAUAAGAUCUCAAGUUUCACUACCGGCAGAUGUAUUGAUAAACCCACAGCCUAUUACAACAUUUCAACAGAAAAUUAAAGAUAAAAAGGAAUCAAUAUAUUUUAGUAAUCAACGAGCACCAUUAGGAAAAUCUCAUGAUCAAUCACCAGGAUUACCUAAAGGCCUGGAUGUACUCAAUACGACAUUUGGAACAACAGUCAUCAGAGAUAUAUCUGCUCGAGAUGUGGUGAAUCCACCGAAACCCUAUCAUGAAGUAUUUAAAGAAGGGGAGGAAGGGCAUGACCUAUAUGUUGUUUCUCACAAUGAUUAUUAUGUGGGAGAAGCAAAGAACCGAAAGUAUAACCCAUCAACUUUCCAUAGGUUUAACCUGUACGGGGCCCCAACACCACAUUUUAAUGAUGGACGAACCAUGGCAAAAAGUUUAUAUUGGCUCCAUGAAUUACAAAUGAAAAGAGGAGCUAAGGUUGUAUCCAAGAGAAUUGAUGAUUUCAAAGAAAAGUUUCAACAUAAACUUGGAAGAGUCUUUGAUCCCAUUGCAGAAACAAUGAAUGUUCAUCCGGACCACACAUUUGGAGCUUGUCUCCGUCCUGACGACUAUGGCUCUGAUGAUCUCAUCUAUAAUAGACUCCCGAGUGAAUAUCUUCGAGGCAAGGAUAGGGAGCGAGCCAUGGUUGCAGCAGUUCGUCAUCACUUGAAGAACGUUAACUGCGAAAGGUUUGACUCUUUGCUGACAGCCUUCAGGCACUAUGACAAGAAGGCAGAUGGGGUGAUAGAUAAAGAUGAGCUUCUGGAAGCUUGUGAGCAGGCCAACUUGCACUUGGAUGAGAAGCUCCUGGACCAGCUAUUUGACUACUGUGAUGUGGAUAAUGAUGGGCUGAUUAGCUACCUGGAAUUUGCAAAUUAUCUUACCUGGAAAGAUAAAAUGCCUCUGAAAGAGUAUGAAGAGAGGGUUGUCAUUAAAGGUAAAAAACCAGAUUGUGCAAACCCUGCUGAGGCUAAUACUGAAGAAUCCGAACCAACCCUCCUGAUACAGCCUCAAGAUAUUGUCUUAAAUGAGAACUCAGAAAAGACUCUCCGGACACUUCUGAGGCCAAGCGAUAAAGUUUCCAGCCACUAUAAGACCACUUCUUCUGAUAUCAAUGCGGUUGUAGGAGCUGUCCCUACCAUCUGUUAUCCCAUCUAUGGUGUUCCAACCAUUCGAUCUGAUAUCCCUGCCCCCCGAAUUCGCCGCAUCAGCGAUAGAACGAAUUAUGGUGAAGAGGGAAAUGCCUAUUCGUUGCUAUAUCCUUCCAUCUUUGGCCAGAAAGGAGUGUUUGAAAGAGACUUCUUCCAAACCAGAUCCAAAAAAGAGAUUGCAGGGAUAUUAUGUAAGAUUGGUGUCAAGCUUUCUGAUGAAGAAUUUGAAAAUGUAUGGAAUCUUGCAUCAAAAAAACAUCACAGAGGAGAAGUCUGUAUUGAGACCAUUAGAAAUGUUCUAGAUGAGCUACUACAUGCAGAACGGGUUAAGUGUAAAACAACCAUGUGAUAUUUUGGGAGUUCAUUCAUUUAAAUAAAGGAAUUGUCAAAUCUGUGUUCAGUAUAUUCUGGUUUUAGCUAUUGUAUGAUAAUUCAGUAAUCACUGUGUUAGGACUCAUAUGCCUGUAUG